UUGCGUCAAGCGUCGCGGGGGCGCGUCUAAAGACAACGCGAGGUCCGGGAGCAGCGCAAAACAUGUAAAGAAGAGAGCUGAAGGGACAGAUAAACCCGACAUGGCUUCGUUUCUCAUCGUGAUUAUUUCUGUCGUGCUGUCUCUCUUUAUAGUGUGGAUAUGUGGAGACUGGCGGAAAAGGAGGACAGGAGAGCCUCCAUUAGUGAGCGGUCUGCCCUUCAUCGGUGUCACUCUGGAUUACGCCAGAGACCCUUUGGGCUUAAUAAGAGACACUCGGAAGAAAUACGGCGAUGUCUUCACGUGUAAGAUUGUCAGAAAGUAUUUCACUUUCAUCACAGACCCUUUCUCAUUCUCUCUGGUGGUGCGGCAGAGUAAAAAUCUGGACUUCCAGAAGUUUGCUAUGGGGUUCUCACAGCGGGUCUUUGGCCACGCUGACUUCACCUCUCCAGUUUUCAGUGGGAGUUACAGAGAAGUUCAUUCAAUCUUCAGACAAACGCUUCAGGGUCCACCCCUGCAGGAGCUGGCGCAGAGCAUGCUGGGUAAUCUGCAGGCGGUUUUGGGACGAGGCCUGUCGCGUGAGCACGGCUGGGUGGAGGAGGGUCUGCAGAACUUCACCAACCGCAUCAUGUUUGAGGCGGGCUUUCUCACUCUGUUCGGAAGGGAUGCUGGGCUCCUUCGGUCUGAUGGCGUGAAAUGCGGAAAAACGUGCAUGCAGAAAGCAGCUCAGGAUUUUCUAGUGUUUGAUCGGGCGUUCCCUGCGCUGGCCGCGGGGGUUCCCAUCGGGCUGUGCAUGCCGGCGUGGCGGGCCAGAGAAGCUUUAGCAGAGGAACUUCUGCAUGAUGAGCUUCACCGCAGGAACUGCAUCUCGGAUCUGAUUCAGCGGAGGAUGGACGCGUUUGACCGCAUGCAUUUGGACGAGACUGGUAAAGCACGCACACACGUGUGCAUGCUGUGGGCGUCACAGGCUAAUACACUGCCGGCGGCCUUCUGGAGCCUGUACUACACACUAAGAUCGGCUGAGGCUCUCGCUGCGGCUCGCUCAGAGGUCCACAGAGUUCUGUCGGGUCAAGCAUUAAAUGAUCCGGACCGACCCGUCAGUCUCUCCAGAGAGCAGCUGGAUUCUAUGACUGUACUCGAAAGUAUUAUUGAAGAAGCCCUUCGGCUGUCCAGCGCGUCCAUAAUGAUCCGUGUGGCCAAAGAUAACUUCACUUUAACUUUGGAUUCGGGUGAGACCGUAGCCAUAAGGAAAGGAGAUUUCAUCGCUCUGUACCCCCAACUCAUACACCUGGACCCAGACAUCUACCCCGACCCAACAGAGUUCAAAUACAACCGUUUUCUGGAUGAGCGAGGGGAAAGGAAAAGUAAUUUCUUCAAAAACGGACGGCGACUCAAGCAUUUCCUGGUUCCGUUCGGGUCUGGCGUCAGCGAGUGUCCUGGCCGAUUCUUCGCAGUAAAUGAGAUUAAAGAAUUCCUCACAUUGGUUCUGUGGUUCUAUGAUCUGGAACUGGAUGACAUCAAUACCGACCUGGUUCCAGAUGGUACCCGUGCAGGUCUGGGUAUCCUGCCACCCCCGCGAGACGUUCUACUCAAAUACAGAAGAAGAACUGAGACUGCUGGUUGAGAAGAGACACCUAAAGAUCUUGGCUGAUGAUGACAGGAAACGGCAGUCUUCUUAGAAUAAAACCAUUUAUUGUCUAUGCAAAAAGUCAAUUAUAAUAUAUAUAUAUAUAUAUCAAUCAAUGCUGUUACAUUUGGUAUAAAAUACAUUUUCUUGUUCGAUCAAGAGAACGUGCAAAAAACACAUUUAAAGUGAAGUCAGACAGGUGAAUUAUUACCACAACAUUUCAUUCAUUGAUGGCUGAUGUUUUGAAAAAGUUUAUUUUUGCCUUUCUGUAUUUCUUUGCAUAUCAUGUAUUUGUUUCUUUGCAUCAGGAGUUACUUUUGCCUAUUCAUAAAGAUUUGCCAUGUUGUAAAAGCCAAAAAUGUGGACAUUUUUGGACAGCAUGGCUGCAUUAUGCAUUGACACAUGAAUUAUAAAAGUGGACAAAUCUUA